AGGUAGGGAACAGUGGGGGCCAGAAGGCACGGGAAAAGUCACACCUAUAAACUCCUCGAAUCUAUUGGGUACUGCUGGCCAGCAAGUCUGAGUUUUGGUAGUGGUCUGAUAGCCGAGAAGGUUUGGUGUCCUGUGUUUUAGUUAAAUGGGUGGGAAGACAUCUUCUCGAAUAAAAAAAAAAACAUAAACUACUAACGGUUCCAGGAGUAUUUAUCUAUUUGUAUUUGUUUAUUCAACAGCUGUGGAGACCUGAAGUGGAUUUAUUUUGUUUUGAUGAUAUUCGUCUCAUGAACAAUCAGUGACAUCAGAGCAAUUGGCACAAUUGAGGGAAAAAAAAUGACCUUUUCAUGAACUUCUACAAAGAAUGCGAAUGAGCCUACUUGUGACCUUCAAUGCUUUUGUCCAUGAAUCCUCCUAGAGAAGAUGGCUGACGUAAGCCUGAAGGAAGCAGCACUAAUAGUUGGCGUGGUGGCAGCUUGCUACUGGAACAGUCUCUUUUGUGGGUUUGUUUUUGAUGAUGUUUCAGCAAUUUUGGACAACAAAGAUUUGCAUCCUACUACUCCACUGAGAAAUCUGUUUCAGAAUGACUUCUGGGGUACUCCAAUGUCUGAGGAGAGGAGUCAUAAAUCCUAUCGUCCCCUCACAGUUCUAACAUUUCGUUUAAACUACUUGUUCAGCGAGUUAAAUGCAGUUUCGUACCACUUUCUGAAUCUGGUCUUUCAUGUGGUGGUUUGCAUAGUCUUCCUCAAGGUCUGUAAGCUCUUCCUGGACAACAGGAGCAGCAUAGUUGCAUCCUUGCUCUUUGCAGUGCACCCAAUACAUACUGAAGCGGUAACUGGAGUUGUGGGCAGAGCAGAGCUUUUAUCAUCUAUUUUUUUCCUAGCUGCUUUUUUGUCAUAUACGAAGUCAAAAGGGCCAGACAAUACCAUAGUGUGGACUCCAAUUGCAGUGACUGUAUUUCUAGUAGCUGUUGCAACACUGUGUAAAGAACAAGGAAUAACUGUGGUGGGGAUAUGCUGUGUGUAUGAAGUCUUUAUUGCUCAAGGGUACACUUUCCCAGCAUUACUGGACACAGCUAUACAGAUUCUUCGAGGGAAGGGCAGUAUUCCCUUCUCUAUGCUCCAAACACUGUUGAAGCUCAUAGUCCUAAUGUUCAGUACACUCCUGCUUGUAGUUGUCAGAGUCCAGGUUAUCCAGUCUCAGCUUCCAGUCUUUACAAGGUUUGAUAACCCAGCUGCUGUUAGUCCAUCCCCAGCAAGACAGCUGACUUUCAACUACCUCCUCCCUGUAAAUGCUUGGCUUCUUCUCAAUCCUUCAGAAUUAUGCUGUGACUGGACAAUGGGAACUAUUCCUCUUGUGGAGUCUUUGUUAGAUGUCAGAAAUGUUGCCACUCUUACCUUCUUUUGUUUUCUGGGAUCUUUAAUGGUCUUCAGUCUCCGAUACCCUGGGGAUUCCUCCAAGACAGUAUUGAUGGCACUCUGCUUAAUAGUGCUGCCGUUCAUUCCUGCGUCAAACCUGUUUUUUCCUGUUGGAUUUGUAGUAGCAGAACGGGUGUUAUAUGUUCCUAGCAUGGGAUUCUGCAUUUUAGUAGCACACGGAUGGAAGAAAUUAUCAAAUAAAAGCGUGCUAAGAAAACUUUCUUGGGUUUGUUUGGCUGCGGUGCUGUUCACUCAUGCCUUAAAAACACUGCACAGAAACUGGGAUUGGGAGUCGGAGUACACUUUAUUUAUGUCUGCUUUAAAGGUAAACAAGAACAACGCAAAACUAUGGAACAAUGUGGGGCAUGCGCUAGAAAAUGAAAAAAAUUUUGAAAGAGCUCUGCAGUUUUUCAUACAGGCCACACAAGUGCAACCAGAUGAUAUUGGUGCCCACAUGAAUGUAGGAAGAACUUACAAGAACCUAAACAAAACUAAAGAAGCUGAAGAAUCAUAUAUGAUUGCUAAAUCAUUGAUGCCACAGAUUAUUCCAGGGAAAAAGUAUGCAGCAAGAGUUGCUCCUAAUCAUCUAAAUGUUUAUAUCAAUCUUGCAAACUUAAUUCGAGCCAAUGAAUCUCGCCUCGAGGAAGCAGAUCAGUUGUAUCGACAAGCAAUUAGUAUGAGGCCAGAUUUCAAGCAGGCUUACAUCAGCAGGGGAGAAUUACUUUUAAAAAUGAACAAACCUCUGAAAGCUAAGGAAGCUUACCUUAGAGCUCUAGAACUAGACAGAACCAAUGCAGACCUGUGGUACAACCUGGCAAUUGUUUACAUUGAACUGAAAGAUCCAACUGAAGCCCUGAAGAAUUUCAACCGAGCACUGGAGCUCAACCCGACGCAUAAACUGGCAUUAUUCAACUCAGCACUGCUAAUGCAGGAAUCUGGUGAUGCUCGACUUAGACCUGAAGCUAAACAAAGACUGCUACAUUAUGUGAAAGAAGAACCUCAAGAUUCAAACGGAUACUUCAAUUUGGGUAUGCUAGCAAUGGAUGACAAAAAAGAUACAGAAGCAGAGGCAUGGAUGAAGAAAGCUAUAAGGUUACAACCAAACUUCCGAAGUGCUUUGUUCAAUUUAGCCCUGCUUUAUUCUCAGACAGGAAAAGAAUUGAUGGCUUUGCCUGUCUUGGAAGACCUACUGAGAUAUUACCCUGAUCAUACCAAAGGUCUGAUUUUGAAAGGAGAUAUCCUUAUGAACCAAAAGAAGGAUAUUGUUGGAGCAAAAAUGUGUUUUGAAAAAAUUUUGGAACUGGAUCCCAACAAUGUACAAGGAAAACAUAAUCUUUGUGUGGUUUAUUUUGAAGAAAAAGAUUUAAUAAAGGCAGAAAAAUGUCUGGUUGAAACACUAGCAUUGGCACCUCAUGAAGAGUACAUUCAGCGUCAUCUAAACAUAGUUAGAAGUAAAAUUGCAUCACUUGGUGCUGUGGAACAGUCAUCACUUCCAUCAGAUGGGACUGCAGCUACGGAAGCGAAAAAAAAAUUCCAGAAUUUGAAAGAGGCAAGAAGUGAGAAGACAACGACCCAAUCAACAGUUGUUAAUAAAGAGCACUCAAAAAAUAAGAAACCAACAGAGAAAAGCAGUGUAGAAAAAGAGACUCCAAAAAAAUCUACAAAAGAAAUCAAAGACAUUGAGAAAAAGAGAGUUGCAGCAUUGAAAAGACUAGAAGAAAUUGAACGUAUAUUAAAUGGUGAAUAGUCUUUACUAUGUCAUGAAAUAAUAUGGGAAGAAUACUAUUUUUAAUUAUUGUUUAAUUUGUAAGCCAACUGGAAAGUGUUCUCAGUGCUUUGAAAAUAGAAAUAAUGUUGAUUGCAUAUCACUUAUCAGGCAGCAAAAGGCAUUACAAUGCUCUCUGUGAGAAAACCACCACUUUUAAAUAUGAUGGAGGGAUGGGUGGGAAUUGAAGGAUAAAAGGUUGAGAAAAAUCUUCAAUGCAGAAUCCUUAAUAGUGAGGAAAUGGCACUCAUAAAAGUUGGUAGUCAGGGAUAUUAAGUAAUGCUACUUUCAAAGACUCAGUGGAAGAGCUGAAUGGUGAAUUUCUGGGAUAAGCCAGACACCCCUUUCCCCCAACAAAUCCAUUUGUGUUGUUAUUACCUACGUUUCGGUUUGCACAUCAGCUGAAAUUUUUCUAGACCACUACUGUACAAGAAGAAGUUUUUCUUUGCAUUAUUUGUUUCCAGAACUUAACAAAGUCAUCAAAAUGCCACUGGAUGUAGUAUAGGAGGAUGCAACAACACACUAAAAUUUUCAGUUGCAUUCUAAAUAUGGAAUGAUAGUUCUUAGGUGUUCUCUAUUUGCAAUACUAAUGGUUUGUACUCUUUUAUCCGGUAGGAAAUCUUACUGUGCUCUUAAGAUCUUUAGACUCUGCUUUUUUCUUUUAAAGGAAAUGUGUGGGGUUUCUUUUACUGUCAGUCAUCUGAUUGUUUUUUAAAAAUUGUAUUAAAAAGGGUGGUUUCUUCCCUAGUUCAUUGAAUGCUGAUAAAUGCACUUUGGUACAGUAACCAGUAUGCUAUGCAGUAGUCCAUUUUGUUGACUUUGUAUCAAUGGCUGUGGAUUGACUCCUUGGUGUAGUAAAUUCUUCUUUGUUUAUAGCAA